AUGCAGUCAAAGAGUAUAGCAGUUGCUGAGAUUUCUAAAGGAUUUCUGUCUUGCCAAGCCAUAGAAGACAUUCCAUCUGGAUCAUUCAUCACAGAUCUCUGGGGCCCUGUUUUUGAUUCUCCAACUGCUCAUACUGUUCACAUUGACAAGGAAAAGCAUGUAGAGCCACGAGGGCCAAUGAUACGUUUUAACCAUUCAUGUCAGCCUAACAGCAAGUUUGUCUACGAGAAGCGCCAAGCAACCUUUCCAGAUCUAAACAGUAAUGAUGAAGUGUUCUGGUAUGUCGUGGCUACACGGGAUAUAAAAAAGGGUGAAAAUAUUACUUAUGAUUACAAUACAACUGAGUAUAUCAUGGCUGAAGUGUUCCAGUGUAUGUGUGGCGCAGAUACUUGUUUGGGUGAGAUUAAAGGUUACAAGUAUUUAUCACCAGAACAACAAGGGCAAAGGAAAAAUGAUGUAUCACCGGUCAUUAGGAAUUUUAGCAAUAAAUGUUAA